CUUUCUAUUGCUUGGAAAAGCGGCUGGAUUCAUUAGUCUAUUCAUAAAUUGGUGUCUACACAUCUUCAUUUGAAGUUUAACAAUCAAACUGGGGUAUAAAAGCCAUGGGUUGUUCUGCGUCGAGUAAUAACAGAAUCGAAAUAGCAGUUUCAGUUGCUGCGGCAUCAUCAGCUUCGAGAAUCAAAGAAAUUCCGCUAUCACACGAACAAAAAAACACUUUGAGAGAAUUUUGGAAGCUCGUUGACCCGGUUAAGAGCGUCAUAGGGAAGAAUAUGUUUAAAAGACUUUUUGAGUGCAAUCCAAGAGUUCAAGACAUAUUUCCCGCCUUUAAGAGUUUAAAACUUGAAGACGUAAUCAACUCUCGGUCUUUGUAUCUCCACGUCAGACGAGUCAUGGCUGCGCUUGAAAAUGCUUUGCUUUCUUUAAACGACGCAGAGGUCUUCAUGGAGUAUUUAAAGAACCUUGGAGAAAGACAUAAACCAUGGUCCGUGAGACUGGAACAUUUCGAUAUGAUAGAAGAAGCCUUAAUUUGGACUCUGAAGGACUCGUUUCCAACAAAAUGCACCGAUUAUAUAGCCGAGACCUGGAGGGAGCUAUUUCGCUUUAUAACUGCAAAUGUGAUGAAAGGACUGAGGAGAACAAACACUGACUCGUGACACUUUCAAAGUGAGAGAUUUUGUGCACUGGGAAUCCGGUCAAAAUGAAACCUGAAAGGACACUAGAGAUGAUGUUAAGUGCACAGUGUGUUAAGUGAAUUGGAGUGUCUUAAAGAAUCCUUAAGGUAGUCAAGGUGGACAGAAUGAUCUUGACAACAACUUCUCUCGGGAAGUAAGGAGGCAUAUGAAUUGCAAGAAGCCUGACGUUGCACGAGGAUUGAAACAAUCAAUCAAUCGAUCAAUCAAUCAAGUUUAUUGUCUAUACGUGAGGCAUGGUUGCCCAAUUGCCCGAGCCAGAGGCUCAUGUAUAAAACGUUCGACGGUAAAAUCUAUGAAGAAAAAAUGCUAUAAAUAUGUCGAUAAAAAUGUCAAUUUAAAUGUAAAUUUAAGAAACGAGUGAAACAGAAACAGGCAAGGAGACGAUCGCGUCUAAUGAAGUGAGCAGAAGAAUAAAGUUGAGGGCAGGUUAAAUCAAGCUAUGAAUUCCCCAUAAGAUCUGUUGUCUCUGCAUUUCACUUGUUGAGAAUCCUUAGAAAGUAGAGAUAGACAACAAUAAUCAACGCAGUGCUUGUACAGUAUAUAUUUCUGUUAUACAAAGAACUACAAAAUGAUUAAAUAUGGAACUAAAAUAAAUUGUCAGAGUCACUUAGUAAAACUAGAACUAAACAAAGACACUAAAAUGAACCCAUUAACCCAAGACUGAUCAGAAUUUAAAUUCUCCUCACAGUAGUAAUAUACUGACAAACAUAUACAGUGUCAAUGAGAAUUAAAGAAAAUAUAAACUGGAAGGUCAACCUUCACUUAGACAUGGGAUGUAACAAUUAAUUCUCCGAAUUAAGCAACAAAGAAACGUACUCGAAUCAGUUAGGAGAAUUUUUCUUCUUAACUUGGGAGUGAAAGAGUUAAUUAGACUAAGGGAAAUGAACGAUUAUCUUGAACUAGAAAUCAAACUAACCACUAGCUACUUUACAUCUAAAUAUACUCAUUACAUGUGAUGUGGUCUGGCCUGUUCACUGGGAAUUGGGGGAAGGAGGCAUCUGUAAGAAAUUUCGCCUUUGUUGAUUGUAAACUGCCACUGGCAGUCUGGUAAAGUUCCCCGCACAGUGUUGUAAAGCGCCUUGAACUU